AUGGGUACCGCGACAGGAGACGGAGUUCCUAGUCGAGGCAGUGUUGGGAGCACGGACUGGAAGGGCGAGUCCGCCUGCAACCACGGUGAUCUGUUCGAGGCGCUGGACGGUCUGGUGGACGUGGUAGUGUCGAAUCCGCCCUAUCUGAGCGACGACGAGGUUGCCGAGCUUCCGCCGGACGUUCAGCGCGAGCCGACGCUUGCCCUUGCCGCCGGAGUGGAUGGGUUGGACGUGCUGCGCAGGUUGAUAGUCGGAGCGUGGGAGUACGAGCCCGGAGGGCUGUUGGCAUUGGAGAUUGAUCCGCGGCGUUUGAGGGGUUCCGAUUUGGCCCGCGGUACUUUCGGAGACAGUAAGGUUGGGAUUGUGAAAGACCACGGGGGUUUGGACAGGGUGGUGACGGUCGGGCUGGGAUGA